GAGACUUUUUAUACGCAAUUACCUCUACACACCCUCUACCGAUCUACCUUACUAUACACCAAGCUCUUAAAAUGUCACUCAAGCGGAAAGCUUCGUUCACAGCUCUCCCGACCAGUCCGUCAGUUCCAGCCCCCAGUGAAUGGGGCAUGAUGAUAGAUGGGAGCACACACCUCCACAGUCGGACGCGAAAGCGCUUCAGAGACGAUCGUCCCAGUGACCAAGUUAUUUACCGAAACACCCUACGAUGGAUUUUCUCCGCACAAAAGCAGCAGGAGGCUACACAGGCCACCGAUAUGGAUACAAUGGACUCAGAGCCGACUCUCGAAACACCAGAAGCUGUUGACCCCCGACAACAAACAUUACACCGAUUCUUCCAACAAACGCCGCAGCAAUCAUCUUCUUUCCGACCAUCCCGUCAAGCGCUUGCACCGCGUGCCAACGAGACUGCACAGACCCAGGAGGAUCUCCUGCGUCGCCAGGCUUUUAAUCAAAUGAGCUCCGGAGACAGCUCGAGCGACAGCAACAGUCCCGGAUCCAAUCAGAUGGGUGCUGAUGUGGACAUGGAUAUGGACAUGGAUAGCAGAAGCGGGAGUGAUGGGUUGGAUCAGGCGCCCAAGAACUGGGUAGGAGGAAUGGCCUGGAUGUAAUUUGGUUACACGGGUCCUUUUUCAUCAUCGUGCGCUGGUGUUUUUUUUGUCAGGAGAGGUUAUCAUUACCUUUCCUUCUAUUUCGUGAUACCUAUUGGGCUAUUUGGGCUAUUUGGGCAAGGUGUUAAUGGCUAAUUAUAUUGCCUUGCUUUUCUUCCCUUGUUGAAAAGAACCGAGAGAUUUUUCGGUCUUUAGC